CAAUUCGAUCAUCAAUUCCUUUUCUUCCAAAAGGUUAAGUUUCGAAAACAUAAAUUCGUAACCUCUUUCUGCAUUCAAAAAAGAAAAACAACAAAUAAACCAGGGAAUGCUGAAAGAUGUGCUUGCCGGUGAGACACUAUUUCUCUGAGUUUGAUGAAGUUGAAGCUUCAUCUGACGUACUCUCCUUUAUCCUCGAUGAGAUUGGAUCGAUAACUCAUAGCCCUAUACAAAUCCGCUUUCAGAGGCAAACUUCACCAAAAUAUCUCAGAAACCAUGUUGUUUCAUAUCCUGACAUUUCUGAAGAUGGUUGAGUUAUUAUUGCACUCUUAAAGAUCAUAUUUCUCCACACAAAUAUUUAUUACAGUCGAGUUUUAGUUUAGAUUCGUACAUAGCUAGAGAUGGAGAAAAAGGGAAGUAUCUUAAUGCAGAGGUACGAGUUGGGGAAAUUGCUCGGACAAGGCACCUUCGCCAAGGUGUACCACGCAAGGGAUAUCAAGACUGGAGCCACUGUAGCCAUUAAAGUCAUCAACAAAAAGAAGAUCUUGAAAGUCGAUUUGAUGGAUCAAAUCAAGCGAGAAAUCUCUGUCAUGAGUCUCGUUCGGCACCCGAAUAUCGUGCAGCUGUACGAGGUCAUGGCCACCAAAGAAAAGAUAUAUUUCGUGAUCGAAUACGUAAAAGGAGGCGAACUCUUCAACAAGGUGGCAAAGGGGAAACUGAAAGAAGAUGCUGCGAGAAAAUAUUUCCAACAGCUGAUCAGUGCUGUAGAUUUCUGUCACAGCAGGGGAGUUUAUCAUAGGGAUCUUAAACCCGAGAACCUACUACUGGAUGAAAAUGGAAACCUUAAAAUCUCUGAUUUUGGGUUGAGUGCAUUAGCGGAAUCGAAGCGGCAAGAUGGGCUGCUUCACACCACUUGUGGUACGCCUGCUUAUGUGGCACCGGAAGUUAUUAACGGGAGAGGCUAUGAUGGGGCGAAAGCCGAUAUUUGGUCAUGUGGGGUCAUCUUAUUUGUUCUGUUAUCCGGUUAUCUACCGUUUCGUGAUUCCAAUUUAAUGGAGAUGUAUAAAAAAAUCGGCAAGGCGGAGUUUAAAUGUCCUAAUUGGAUAAAUCCGGAUGCUCGUAGGCUGAUUUCGAAAAUAUUGGAUCCGAAUCCUAAUACGAGGAUUUCCAUAUCGAAGAUCAUGCAGAAUUCUUGGUUCAGAAGAGGCUUCAACAAAUCCAGAUCCAACAUUGAAUGUGGGAAAGUGAAGGAAGUUGUUGAUGCAGAUGCAACAGUUGAUCUAACGGUGGAGAUUGAGCCGGUAAAUUUGAAUGCCUUUGAAAUAAUCUCACUCUCGGCUGGUUUCGAUUUGUCGGGAUUGUUUGAAGAGAGUGACGACCGAAAGAAAGAGUGCAAAUUUAUGUCAAACCAAUCUGCUAAGACGAUUGUUUCGAAGUUGGAGGAAUUGGGGAAACGUUUGAAGAUGAAGGUUGCGAAGAAGAAUGGAGGGUUGGUGAAAUUUGAAGGAACGAAACAAGGGAGGAAAGGAGUGGUGUGUAUAGAUGCGGAGAUAUUCGAGGUGAGCCCAAAUUAUCAUUUGGUCGAGAUGAAAAAAUCGAAUGGGGACACAUUGGAGUAUCAGAAGCUAAUGAAGCAGGAAAUAAGGCCGUCUUUGAAAGACAUUGUUUGGACGUGGCAAGGCGAGGAGCCUCGUCCGGAGCAGCUACCGGAGUUUCAAACAUCCGAUGUUCCAUUGUUGGAUGUUGAAUUACCUUAAAAUUCAUGGAUGAAUGACCUUGAACUUUUCUCUUUUUUUUUUUUUUUUUUUCUUUUUUUUGUUUUGGAUCUAUUUAAUGAUUGUGAAUAGAGAUGCGUCGCUCUGAUGUUUAGCUAUUUAGAUUUGAACCACUGAUUUGGGAUCAUGUUCUUUACAUAUUGUAAGUCUUUUAUUAGUCCCUGCCAACCCACUUUAA